AUGUCAUACACUACGCAAAGAGAUUUCUUCAAUGUUUCUUUCCACAAUGAAGAACCGAAGCCACCGGAACGCAAGCGUAGUGAUGCUGCCCUAAUGCUGUACGACUUCUGUACCGAUGGCCGAGCAUGGGCACUGGAUAAGCAGAAACAGUCCAACUACAUUCUGGAUGUAGUGCACAAGGCUCGGUUCAAAAAGGCCCUGCUUCAUCCGGAGGGUCAGUUCGAACUAACCAAAGACUAUUUGGUCAGCAUGGAAGUGCACGACCUGGCGGAUUACAUCCUAAGUUUGCAGGCGGAGGUCAGACGAAAGAAUGAAACCGUUCAGCAAAUGGACAGUCAGCUUCAAGCAGUUCAGCAGCGUUCUGAAGAUCUGAACAUAAUCCAGAGACAGUCAGCCAUUUUGGAACAGGAGCGCAACGAAUUCGAACAGCAGCUCGGUGACCUGGAGGAAGUCAUCGUCAAUCUGAAGGAUCGAGCCGAUCGGUACGAUCUGUUGGCCAAGGAGAACCAACUGCUUCGGUGUCAGCUGCAGAAACAGCAAGGGCAAGCUGCCGAUAAAAUGCGUUUAGCUAGUGCUGAAGCUGAAGCGAACUUCAACCGAAUGCGGGCGAAAGACUACGAGCGGUUGGAAGCAGAGUUGGUGAUUUUCAAAACACAGUACGAAGAGCUGCGAAAACAAAAGCGUGAGUUGAAGGAACAACUCGAAGUUGUGUCUAUUAAUGUUGGGAGGAUUUCGGAACUGAAACGCCAGCUGGCAAACGAGCAGGCACAGCGGGAGAAAGCCGAAGAAGCAAUGGAGCAUUUGUUGAAUCUGUACGACAAGCAAUAUCAGGAAUUGCAAAACCAAAAUGAGUUCACAGCAACUUCUACUGGCCAACGAGCGGAGAGCAUAAGAAAAGGUCAAAGCUUGUCUCCAGAACAAGAGGAGCAGAUUAUUGAGGAUCGUCGUAUCAGAAGAAGCUCAGCAUAUCACACUGAUUCUCAGCCACUGAAACCCGCCGAGAAAGAAAGUUGCACGAACUGUAAACAGCUGGAACGGGAAGUUACUGAGCUCAAAAAGAUUCACCAGGAAAAAUUGAAAACAAGUGAGGAAGAACGUCAAUCGUUGACGGAGAAAUUACAAGCCUUACAAAACGAAUUGAAAUCUACAGCUGGUUUACAAGACGAUCAAGCACGACAGCUGGCUGCAAAACUUCAACAGACUCAGGCUGAACUCGAAGCUGAGGCGGCGAAAUCCAAAACUAUCGAAAAUGAAUUACAGGAUGUUCGGUUGAAACUUCAGGAUGAAAGCAGAAAGUUGGAGCAGUUGACAACCGAACUAGCAAGUGCACACAAUCAAUCUGAAGAACUUAAGAAGCAGUUCGAAACGAACCUUGCUACAUUUUCCGCUGAUCGUGGAUCAGCAGAUUCGCAGUUGCUCGAGCUGGAACAACAACUUAAACAGGCUAAGGAAGAAUUGAUGCAGAAGAUCGAACUAGUGGAUAAGAUGACUGAGCAGAAUACUCAGUUACAGUCUGCAGCUUCCAACUGUCAAACCAAGAUCAACGAUCUGGAGCAAGCAGCACAGCAAAAGCUCGUCGAGCUUGAAGCUACCCAAUCCGAACUACAGAAGGCUAGACAAGAAUUGGUUCAGCAAUCCGUUGGUUCAAUCGAUGAUUCCGCCUUGAAAGCACUAGAAAAUCGCAACGGUGAACUUCAGAAAGAAGUUUCAAAGCUGGAACAGGAGUUAGCAACUGCGCUUGCCGGUAAUAAAGAGCUGAUUGAAAGUUCCGGCAACCAGGCAAAGUUGUUGGAAACUGUAGCGGCAUUAAAGGCAGAACUUCAAGUAGCCAACGAUACACUGGUCGCGAAAGAUGCCGAAAUCAACCGUCUAGCAGAAGAUAUUGGAAUUGCAGAAUCAGUACAGUUGGUAACAGAUACUCGAUCGUUCAAUGCUCGCUUAGCAUCAGUGGUCCCAGAUAAACAGGUUGCUGUUGAUGAACCCCCUGAGGAAACUUCUCCAUUAACAGUGGUAUCGGAUCAGAUGGUUGCACGGGAAGUAACUCAAGUUGAUACGAGCUUACCAUCUGUGGAAACAGACAAGCUCGUGCCUUCAGUAGAUGCUAGCUUAAAAUCGGCAGACGUGACCGAGUUUGUUUCUGUGGAUCAACCCACAGUAGAUGAUGAGCAGCAGAAAGAUCAAGCCGGAAUUCGAGAUCUCCGAAGAAUUUCCAAAGAUCUCCAAAAGAAACUGUCUUUAGACCAAAGAAUUUCCAAAGAUCUCCAAAACAAGCUGUCUUUAGACCAACACGAACUAGAUGCAGUAGGACAGAAGGAUCUAACAGAAGAUGAUGUAAUAGUUGAUCAAACUCAGAGAGCUGAAAAGAUUCAGGAAGAAAAAGAUUUACAAAUUUCGGGUGCUACUUUAGAAGAUGUUGACGAACAGUCGAGUCAUUCGAGCGGUGAUGAAGGCGAUGAAGAAUCGGAGUCCGAAUCAGAACCAGAAAAAGAAACUGAGGCCACUGCAGAGGCAAGAAAACUGUCCAUCACAGCCGAUGAAGUGAUACACCGUUUGAACGAGAGUUUUGCUGGAAUGGGAAAUACCGUCGCCGUCGGGUAUUCUGACCCUUGUAAAACAAAGCUUAUUGCAAUGAAAAUUGUCAAGCAUGGUAUCAGCAUCUUAAUUCUUCCGGAGUUGGACCAUCUUCAUCGGGAGAUCUACCGAGUCACCCUGGAACGCUACCUCAUGCUGGGGAAAACCGUUCAAGUCUUGGAUGACGCCUUCUGUGACAAUUGCAAUAUCCUUCACACGAUGCAGUCAAUGGGUAACAACGAACUAAUGGCCAUGAUAGCACCUUCGGUUCAAGUUCCGGCGGCUAGUCCGCUUCUUCUGAAUGAUCAAAUUCCGACCAGAUUACCUCCGGAACCGGGAAGGAAGCGUACGCUUCCUAAUGCCGAGCUCAACUUAUUAGGCGUAGCAGAGAAACAGCAACAAAAACCGAGAGCUAAAAGCACCGAUCCAAAGGAAACAAGAAUAUUUUCGUUAUUUACGAAGGGGUCACCCGUACCCGGACAUCGGUUGGCUCUACCGAAAAAAUCCAGCGAGCGUAUCCUGGUUGAUCGCUGUCGAAUGCGUCCGUGGAGAGCCCCAUGA